GUCGCCCUUUAUUUUAAAGGCGACGCGAGACGAGGAAAGUGGCUCAAAUAACACACCAUAGCAACAUGACUUGCAAAACUAUUCGAGGAGAAUCAUAAGUAAACAUACACUUGUCUCUAUGAAUAUAUAUACCAGUAGUUGGAGCGAACUAGUACAUUGUCAUCGUAUGAAAGACUUAACACACACGCUCUCACCAGAUUUGAAGAUAUCAUCAAUCAAAAGUCAAAAUGGGGAAGAAAUAUGUCUACCAUUAUUUUAAUUUGAAAGGAAGAGGCGAAACUCCAAGACUUAUUUUUGCCGCUGCUGGGGUUGAAUAUACAGAUGACAGAGUUGAAUUUUCUGAUUGGCCGAAAGUAAAAGGAUCAACUCCUCUCGGUUCCUUACCAUAUUUGGAAGUAGAUGGACAGAAAAUUCCAGAAAGUGUUGCUAUUGCUAGAUAUCUAGCCAACGAAUUCGGAUUACUUGGUAAAUCUAAUCUAGAUAAGGCAAAGAUUGAUGUUUUAGUAGACCAGAUGAUAGCAAUCAGAGAAUCAAUGGUCGUAUUGAAAAAUGAACAAGGUGAAGCUAAGAAAGCCGAGUUGAUGAAGAAAUUCAACGAAGAACAGAUACCAAAAUGUUUUGGAUAUAUAGAAAAAACUUUAUCGGAAAAUUCAAGUGGAUUUCUUGUCGGUAAUAAGUUGACGUGGGCUGAUUUGGCGUUGAUAGAUUUAGAUGCUAUGCUUGGUAAUUUUGGAAAUCCAAUCAACUUAGACAAAUUCCCUAAAGUCGCAGCUCAUCGAAAACAAGUUGAAGCCUUACCUCGGAUAUCUAAAUAUCUAAAAAAUAGACCCGUCACACCAUAUUAAUAUUAUGAUUACGGAUCUCGUUGAUUGACAGGGGGUGAGGGUGGCGCAGGUGCUCGUUGUUAAUUAAUGUGAAUUGUGACAAUUAUUAGACCCGAUUUCACCAGCUACAUCACCCCAAUCUUCAGAAUAUAACAGAUUUACACGAAUAAUAACAAAAAAAAAUAAUUUAUACUGUUAUUUAGGUGGUUCCCGGGUCCCUAGAGCCCCAACCUGUACCCGUCAGCUCCCAUGGUUGUUUGAUAUAUUUUCGUGUAUUGUAGCCCGAAAUCACCCCCUUUCACUCGAUUGUCACUAAUUGGGAUUGGAGAAUUCAAUUCCGGAAUGUCAAAUCGGAUAUUCCAACUAUGUUGUAUAGAUGCGUACAAGUGCCCCCCACCCUCUACCCCCACCCCCAUGGCUUCGUUUACUUGAUAUCUGUACACCAUCAUUUUAUCUCUUUUAAAUUCACAUA